UGAAGUACUCUGCUCUUUACGUUCGUGAUUGAAUUGGAUUGAAUCAAAAAGUUGUAUAUAUUGAGAAGAAAGUUCACAAUUACAAUUACACAUCGAGACGUAAUCGGUGCAUCAUGAGUGAAAUUUCUGAAUCCCAAAGUAGAGACAGUGUCUCUGCUAUAACUGAGCAAGAGCGCGAGUUGGCUCAAAAUAUACUAUCGGAAUUUCAAAAAGGUGCUUAUGCGUCGUGUUUGUCAUAUUUGAACAAGUUGGAAAGCCUCCGACCUACAGAUCUUAAAGUUACACAUAACAAAGUCGUGGUGGAAUAUUAUAAAAGUGAUUUGAAAAAAACUGAGUUGACACGAAAGAGUUUGAAUGCGAUAUGUGGUCAGAUAUCAACGAUGGAUUCUAACGAGGCUAUCGAUGAUGUUGAGAAGUGUGUUAUGAGAUAUAAUCAAGCUGUUUUAUUGUAUCACACUAAACAAUAUAAUGCUGCGCUUCAAAUCAUGACUAGGCUAUUUGCUUUUAUCGAGCCAAUGGAGGAAACUUUGGCACAUAAAGUUUGUCUGUUAUUGAUUGAGUUAUAUAUAAUAACGGAGCAACCAGAUGCAGCUCUAUCAAUAUUAAAUUAUGUGGAGAGUCAAUUUAUAUCUACUGACAAUUCCAAGAUAUCAUCUUCUAUUGACAAGGAUGGAGUAAUAAAAUCUAUUAAAGAGCAAAGGGAGCAAAAAAAUGAUGGUGAUACAGUAAUAGAUGCAUUCAAAAUUAAACUUUUGAAAUAUAAAACAAGAAUAUACCUUUUGACUCAUCAACUGAAAUUGUGUAAAAAAGAAUGGAAGACACUAGUUUCAUUGGGCAUAGUGAAUGCAUCAACGAUUUUUUUGAAGGCUCAUCUGGAAUAUUUACGAGGAAAUUACGAUAAGGCAAUGCAAUUUUUGAAUACUAAAACGAAAGAAACUUUAGAUUUUAAAUUAUGUGGAGAAUCUUCGGCUGUUUUAUUUUAUAAUAAUAUGGCAUGUUUGCAUCUUGCGAUGGGCAAGCCAACUUUGGCUUGUACUUGUCUCCAGUCAGCUUUGCGUGCAAAUAAACGUGAAUUGGAAAGCAUGCAAGUUAAAGAUGCUGAUCCUUUAUCUUCUCAACCAUUAUACACACUUGGUGGGAAUAAACAUUACGAGUUAAUGUACAGUUUGGGUGUAGUAUUGUUAUAUGCUGGUAAAGCGUCAAAAGCCUUUGAUUGCUUUACAGAAGUAGCACAGAAAAUACACAAUAAUCCUAAACUCUUGCUCAGAAUGGCAGAGUGUUGCAUCUACAGUUAUAAAUAUUCAAAUAAAAUUGAUUUCAAUAUUCCAAAACGGCGUAAAGAUUUGGUGCAGAAAAUUGUAGGUUCUGGUAUCCAUAAAAAAAUUAUAUUAGCCACAUCUCUAUCAAAAGAUAUCAAAUAUCAUUCGGAAGGCCUAUCUUAUGCAAUCCCACAACCAACAUUGGAAUUUGGAUAUUUAUGUCUGAAGAAUGCAUUACUUUUACUACCGAACAAUAAUGAGUCGAGCGUGCCUGGUUCAUUGGCAACAACCAUGGCGAAUUCAGUGUCACUAUCAUUAACAUCUGGUCACAACCUAGGUAUCCAACAUACAACAUUAAUGUCACGAGCUACAGCUAUCGAAUCUUUUAAUUUAAAAAUUAGUGUCUUGGCUGCUAGCGCUUAUGUUUCUUUGUGUCUUGGAGAUUAUAUACUUUCUCUCGAACAUGCAAAAGCUCUAUUAAGUUUCAACAAAUUACCUGGAGCAUAUAAAAUGUUAGGCAACUUAUAUGCUGCUGAAAGUUUGAUAUUCAUGGACAAAAUUAAUGAAGCGCUCGAGUACCUGAAGUUAGAAAAUCUUCAAGAUUUAAAUAUAUUUAUAUCUACCCCAGAAAUUCAGGAGAAAGAUAAAGAAAAAGUGGAAGAAGUUAUGAUAAAGCCUAUAAAAGUAUGGUAUCCUACAACAGUUUCAACAGGCACUGCUAUAAUACGUUAUAACUUGGCUGUGGCUUAUGCUAUACGAGGCGAACUAGAUAAAUCUGGCGAAACUUUGAAACAAAUAUGGACGUCAAAAGAACCAGAUCGUGAUAUACCUAUACAAGUGAUAAUGUUGGCCUUGUAUAUAGAGCUACAAUUAGGUCGUGCUGACAUUUCAAAAUCAAUAAUAAAACAGCAUUGUCCACAAUAUCGUUAACAAUCAAGAGCAAUAUGUCGACUUAGAUCAUAUAAGCACAUAAAUAUUUAAGUUUUUUUUAAUUUAUAGA